CUCACACCCAUACCAGCUCAUACACACAACGCAGUGAUAUUCAUUUUAAUCAAAUUGAAUAAAAAAAUCUUUCUCUCUUGUUGACGACUUAUUUUGUAUAUAUGCUUUAAUUCGUCUUUCACUGUCUUUUAUGAUAAAACGACACAUACGCCGCUUUUGUGCAUUUUAUUUGUAUAGAAUGUUAUUUGUAGCAAUUACUUCCAUCAAAACGUCGACGUCAUCUUCAUAAAAUCAUAUAUACACUUGUAAAGAUCUCAUUGUGGCAAAAACAUCCAUACAAUCGUCUGUGUGUUAAGAAAAAUAUUGUUCAUUUGCAAAUGAUAUCUGUAUAUCGCGACGCGCAAACGAACCGGACUUUUAUUUUGGGAGUGAUAACAUCGACAUUUCUACGUAUUUUUCUUUAAAUUGCAUAAAUAUCAGUUUUUUGUCUUCGUUUUUGAGUUCACAAUAGAUUUUUUUUAUAUAUAUCGUCCGUAAUUACAUUUUAACAAUAAAAAAAAUUCGAACAUUGUUUUGGGUGUGAGUGAGUGUAUGUCUGUUUGAAAAUAAGUGAUUUUAGUUACAAUAGAUAAAACAAAAAGAAAACAGACUCAAGUCAAAAUACCGCUGCAAAAAUGAUGGAUAGUGCUGAUGAAACAACAACAAAUGGUAAUCCAUUGCAUGAUGAAAACGGUGACAAUGGUGACAGUGUGACCAGUGUAUCGGACGCUGGCUCAGGAACACCACCCUUACAAUUAUCAUCGUCACAAAUUAAGCAACAGGGAUCCAUCGAUGAGGAAAAUAAUGGUACAAAUGCGGCUGCAAUAGCCACAACAACGCCAACCAAUUCCAUUCCAUUAGCUGAAAAUACAUUAUUAGUUGAUAUAUCGGAUGCGCUUAGCGAAAAAGAUAAGGUUAAAUUUACCGUACAUACACGCACCACAUUUCCAACGUAUGCCAAAAAAGACUUUUUGGUUGUGCGUCAACACGAAGAAUUCAUUUGGCUACACGAUCGAUAUGAAGAAAAUGAAGAAUAUGCAGGAUACAUUAUUCCACCGUGCCCACCGCGACCGGAUUUCGAUGCGUCACGUGAAAAACUACAGCGUCUUGGUGAAGGUGAGGGAAAUAUGACAAAAGAAGAAUUUAAGAAAAUGAAACAGGAACUUGAAGCUGAAUAUUUGGCAACAUUCAAAAAAACAGUGGCAAUGCAUGAAGUAUUUCUAUCACGAUUGGCCGCCCAUCCCGUAUUUCGAAUGGACCAACAUUUGAAAGUGUUCUUGGAAUAUGAUCAAGAUUUGUGUGCAAAACCGCGAAAAAAAAUCGACCUAUUUGGCGGUUUGGUACGAAGUUUGGGCAAAACCACCGAUGAAAUCUAUUUGGGCGCUACAGUUCGUGAUGUAAAUGAUUUCUUUGAAAAUGAAUACACGUACCUAACCGAAUUGAAUGCACAUCUUAAAGAAGGGGCCACCCGUACCGAACGCAUGACCAAAAAACAUAAAGAAGUCGCCGACACACAUAUCAAAAUUUCAUCGAAUUUAGUACAGUUGUCCACACAUCACAGCAACAAUAUGGAGAAAUUUUUGGCCAAAAGUGCUGAAGUUUUUGAAAAGAUACGUAAUAUGGAAGGUCGUGUAUCGAGCGAUCAAGAUUUAAAACUUGGAGAUACACUGAGAUACUAUCAACGUGACAGUAAUGCGGCCAAAGCUCUAUUGGUUCGACGUUUACGAUGUUUGGCCGCUUAUGAGACGGCAAAUCGGAAUUUGGAGAAGGCUCGAUCCAAAAAUAAAGAUGUUCAUGCGCCAUUGGAGGUACAAGAGGCUGAACAAGCUCAAACGGAUGCAUGUGAGAAAUUCGAAGCGAUGUCGGCACGUGGAAAACAGGAGUUGAUUAGUUUCCGUACACGUCGUGUGGCUGCCUUUAAAAAGUCCCUCAUCGAACUGGCUGAACUGGAAGUGAAACAUGCUAAAUCUCAAUACGAAUAUUUGCGACAAUCUGUACUCGCUUUGCGUGAACUCGCUUAAAUUUAAAUAGAUAUAUAUUCAAUUGACCUAUCGGCAAAUUGGUUUCGCAAAGUUCAGACUUUGCGCUAAAUCCAGACCAAAAAUAAAUGAAACAUUUAAUUCUUUUUUUAUAUUUGUAUGGAUGUUACGUGAUUCCAAAAAAAAAAAAAAAAAAAUACUUUUUUUAAAAGGAUGCAUAAAUACACUCAAACAAUAAAUGUAUAUUCGUUAAACUAAAACUCGACUGAGGAGGAGUAAUUGUUAGAUGUCAAAAAGUAAACAGAACCAAUUAGAAAAUUUUCAUAAAUGAAAUUGAAAAAUUUUAUGUGGAUAAUUUGUAGAUGUGGAUUGUGCUUCAAUAUAAUUGUGUUUUGGAAUUUCAAAACAAUCACAAACGACGUACACUAUAUCGAGAGAUUAUUUGCUCGAUUUACGAUUUAUAUGAAAUACAUUUUUUUGAAGUUUUCAAUCCAUUUACAAUAUAAAAUAAACAAAUUUAUUACAUCAGCGAA